AUGACGCCCCCGACGUUCGAGCAGAAGCUGGCGCAGCUCAAGCGCGAGGCAGAACACUAUGCCGACUACCUGAGCGACGAGGAGGUGGAGGAUGAGGUGAUGACCAAAGCCCAUGAAGAAGCGGACUUUUGCAACGACUUUAGUAUGGCAGUGGUCGUCGGUGGACUGCCUGUAGUGGACGACUCGAAGCACGGCAAGCUCCUGAACGUGGUGAAGAAGAUCUUUGGCCAAGUGGGUACUGUCGUGGACAUUGACAUGCCGUUUGGCGACAACGGCAGCACGACGGGCUUUGCCUUUGUCGAGUACGAGCAGGAGGCGCACGCGGCGGACGCGGUGCGGACCAUUGAUAACUUUGCACUGGACAAGCGCCACACGAUGAUCGUGAACAAGUACGAGGACAUUGAGCGCUACUUGCAAACACCGGACGCAUUUGUCGCGCCGAAAGUGGAAAAGUUUGUCGAGCCGAAGAACCUCAAGUCGUGGCUCAUGGACCCAGCGCGACGCGACAUGUUUGUGCUACGUCAUGGCACGGAGACUGAGAUCUUUUGGAGCGACAAGGGCGAGAUCGAGCUGGACUAUGCUGGCGACCGGGAGAAGACGAACGGCAAGCAGUGGUGCAUGCAGUACGUGCUGUGGUCCCCGCAGGGCACGUACUUAGCUACGUUCCACCCCCAGGGCAUUGCUCUCUGGGGCGGCGACAAGUACGAGAAGGUGGGGCGCUUUGCUCACAAGAAAGUCAAGCUCGCAAUGUUCUCGCCGAACGAGAACUACCUCAUUACCGUGAGCGAGACGGAGCAGGAGUCGGCUAUCAUCAUUUGGGACGUCAAGACGAGCAAGUUGCUGCGUGCGUUCCCCGCUGGCAAGCCAACGGGAGCCAAGAACGAGGUGGUGCAGGGUCUCAUGACCCCGUUUAAGUGGAGUGCGGAUGACAAAUACGUCGCUCGUCGGGGCAACGACGUCAUCAGUAUCUACGAGCUACCUUCGAUGAAGCUGCUCGAGAAGAAGUCGCUCCGUGCUGAGGGUGUGCACGACUUCUUCUGGUCGCCAACCGACCCGAUUCUGGCCUACUGGGCGCCUGAAGACACCAAUGUGCCCGCCCGUGUGUCGCUGGUCGAGCUGCCGUCGCGCCGUGAAGUGCGCCAGAAAAACCUGUUCAACGUGAGCGACUGCAAGCUGCACUGGCACCCCAAUGGCACGUUCUUGUGCGUCAAGGUCACGCGUCACUCCAAGUCGAAGAAGACAAUGUACACGAACUUUGAGCUGUUCCGCGUGCAAGAGCAGCUCGUGCCUGUCGAGAUGCUUGAGGUCAAGGACAACAUUGUCGCGUUUGCUUGGGAGCCCAAGGGCACGCGGUUUGCGGCUGUGCACGGCGAAGGGCAACAGCACCUGAACGUGUCGUUCUACGACAUGGACGGCGGCAGCAACGUGGCCAAGGAGGUGACGCUGCUGUACACGCUCACGGAUAAGGCAUGUAGCCAUUUGUACUGGUCGCCCCUGGGCAACAACAUUGUGCUUGCGGGGCUCGGUGAGAUCAAUGGCCAGCUCGAGUUCUGGGACACGACGGAGCAGCAGAGUAUCACAGUACAGGAGCACUUUAAGUGCUCGCACGUGGAGUGGGACCCGUCUGGACGCGUGGUCGCUACUGCCGUGUGCCAGCCGCUGGACAACUCGUACUACAAGCUCACAAUGGACAAUGGCUACACGCUCUGGACGUUCCAAGGGAAGAAGCUGCUGGAAGAGAAGAAGGACACGUUUUUCCAGUUUCUGUGGCGGCCGCGGCCCCGUACGCUCUUGUCGGAAGCGCAGUUCAAGAACGUUGUCAAGAACCUCAAGAAGUUUGAAAAGCGGUUUGACCAGAUGGACCGGUUCAAGGCGCGCGAGCGGGUGUUGGCCGAGCGCGCCGAACGCAACAAACAGGAACAGGAGUUUCAAGAGCUGCUGCAGAAGCGAUUGGGGACGGCUGCCGAGCGUCGUGCCGAGUACAUUUCGUUGCUGAACGGAUACGACAGUGACGACGAGAACGAGUACAUUGUGCAGAAACACACGCACGACGACGUGCUCGAAGUGAAGGAGGAGGUCAUGCGGAAGUGA